AUGCGCGGUGAUGAGAGACAACAACCUUUCCUGGCUGAAGCUGAUGGACAUGAUAAGCUGGAAUCACAGCGCCUUCUUUCAGAUUUGUUGAACGAGGAGCACAAUGAUGCCGUUCUUCCCGAUGAGCCGCCGUUGCGAUCUACACCAUUUCUACCUGCGGAUGCAGGGCGUCGCCAGCCCCGGACACAGAACCGCGUGAGAUUUGAUAUCGCUGAGGAUACUGAGGAUGAGGGACGUGUCAAUGAGGACCAUCGCGACUCUCAAGACGUACAGUGGCUGGACGAGGAGGACUACGUUGAUAGGGGCCGCCCUGGGAGACAUCAUGCUGGGCAAAGAAUACCCCUUUUAACGAACAUCGAGGCACCCAGCGUUACCCUGGCCACGUCUGAGGAAUUCUUCCCCGAGGAGCAUCUCGAGGGCGCGAGGCCAAGGAGUGGGAUGAAAAUGGCGUUUAUGAACAUGGCGAACAGCAUUAUCGGGGCGGGAAUCAUCGGCCAACCUUACGCGCUGCGGCAAUCGGGCAUGGUGAUGGGGAUAAUUCUUCUAGUCGCGCUCACUAUCACCGUUGACUGGACUAUCCGUCUGAUAGUGGUCAAUUCCAAGCUGAGCGGCGCGGAUUCCUUCCAGGCAACGAUGGAGCAUUGUUUCGGAAAAUCUGGCCUAAUUGCCAUCUCCGUGGCUCAAUGGGCAUUUGCGUUUGGUGGUAUGAUCGCCUUCUGCAUUAUUGUUGGGGAUACCAUACCCCACGUCUUAAGUUCCCUGUUUCCCUCUCUGCGAGAAAUGUCGUUUCUUUGGCUCCUCACUGAUAGGCGGGCCAUAAUUGUGCUCCUCGUUUUGGGUAUCUCAUACCCACUAUCCUUAUAUCGGGAUAUUGCCAAGUUAGCCAAAGCAUCCACUUUGGCCUUGAUAAGCAUGGCCGUCAUUGUUAUUGCCGUUGUUACCCAAGGCUUCCGAGUCCCACACGAGUCUCGUGGUGACGUGAAAAGCCUGCUGUUGGUAAACACCGGCUUUUUUCAAGCUGUUGGAGUGAUCUCAUUCGCGUUUGUUUGUCACCAUAAUAGUCUCUUAAUCUACGGUUCACUGAAGAAACCAACUCUGGAUCGAUUUGCCAAGGUUACCCAUUACUCGACUGGGAUAUCGCUUCUUAUGUGUCUGCUCAUGGGUGUGUCCGGUUUCCUCUUUUUCGGUUCCGAGACGCAAGGCAAUGUACUCAACAAUUUCCCGUCUGAUAACAUUCUGAUCAACGUAGCGCGGCUUUGCUUUGGCCUGAACAUGCUUACUACAUUACCGCUAGAGGCGUUUGUUUGCCGAGAGGUUAUGACGACCUACUACUUCCCCGACGAGUCUUUCAACAUGAAUCGACACCUGAUCUUCUCAACUGCCUUGGUGCUAACAUCCGUAGCCAUGGCGUUAAUAACCUGCGACUUGGGUGCCGUGUUUGAAUUAAUCGGAGCGACAAGCGCAGCUUCGUUGGCAUAUAUCUUCCCCCCUCUGUGCUAUAUCAAGCUGAGCAACGGCUCUCGCAAAGCGAAAAUCCCUGCAUAUGUGUGCAUCGUCUUCGGAGUAACAGUCAUGGGGGUUAGCCUUCUACAGGCGAUCGGGAAAAUGAUAAAGAACGAAGGUGGUACAGCGACUUGCAGUACUUAA